CCUGUCAGUGCACUUCCUGGAUUCCUCAAUAAGUAACAUUGUAACAUCACACAGUUGAUAGCUUCUCUGUCCAUGAAUUUCCUUUUUAGACACCAUCAUCAUCACCGUCGCCAAAAGCAGGAUCCAUGGCUUUCAGAAAGGCAGUAAAGGGAACUCUAAUAGGGGGCGGAGCUGUAGCCACAGCCUUUGGCCUAUCACAGUUCUUUGAAUACAGGAAGAAUCAGCCUAAAAGGGCUCGGUUGGCAUAUGUCGAGGCACAGGGUGAGCUAAAGGUGCCAUUUAAAGAUGCUCUUCCUACAAGAGAGGAACAGCUUUCAACAUUGCGAAACACCGAGGAGUUUGACGUCCUGGUUGUUGGCGGCGGAGCCACAGGCUCAGGAUGUGCCUUAGAUGCUGUCACACGGAAUCUGAAGACCGCCCUAGUAGAACGCAGUGAUUUUUCAUCGGGCACCAGCAGCAGGAGCACCAAGCUCAUUCACGGAGGAGUCCGCUAUCUGCAGAAAGCCAUCAUGAAACUAGAUUAUGAGCAGUACAUGAUGGUGAAAGAAGCCCUUCACGAACGUGCCAAUCUGCUGGAAAUUGCCCCUCACCUAUCCGCACCUUUACCCAUAAUGCUUCCUGUUUACAAGUGGUGGCAGUUGCCAUAUUACUGGGCUGGCAUUAAAAUGUAUGACCUGGUUGCCGGAUCUCACUGUCUGAAGAGCAGUUACGUCUUGAGCAAGAGCAAAGCACUGGAGUUCUUCCCAAUGCUGAAGAAAGACAAACUGGUGGGAGCCAUUGUCUACUAUGACGGACAGCACAAUGAUGCCCGCAUGAACCUGGCCAUCGCUCUUACAGCUGCCCGUCAUGGUGCUGCUAUUGCUAACUAUACAGAAGUUGUUCAUCUGCUAAAGAAACCAGACCCCAAAACAGGCCAGGAGAAAGUAUGUGGAGCCCGAUGCCGAGAUGUGGUCACAGGGCAGGAGUUCGACAUUCGUGCCAAAUGUGUCAUCAACGCCACCGGUCCCUUUACUGACUCACUCCGCAAAAUGGACAACCAGAAAACUGCCAACAUCUGCCAGCCUAGUGCAGGAGUACACAUAGUCAUCCCUGGAUAUUACAGUCCAGACAACAUGGGGCUCUUAGACCCUGCCACUAGUGAUGGCCGUGUCAUUUUCUUCCUGCCCUGGGAGAAGAUGACUAUCGCUGGCACCACAGACACUCCUACUGAAGUCACAGCUCAUCCCAUCCCAAUGGAGGAUGACAUCAACUUCAUCCUGAGCGAAGUCCGCAACUACCUCAGCCCUGAUGUAGAAGUGCGGCGAGGGGAUGUCCUGGCGGCCUGGAGUGGUAUUCGUCCGCUGGUCACCGACCCCAGCUCCAAAGACACGCAGUCCAUCUGUCGAAACCACAUCGUCAACGUCAGCGACAGCGGGCUCAUCACAAUUGCUGGUGGGAAGUGGACAACCUAUCGUUCGAUGGCCGAGGAGACACUUGAUGCGGCCAUAAAGGCUCAUAACCUCUCAGCCGGACCCAGCAGGACGGUCGGUCUGACACUGGAGGGCGGGAAGGACUGGACUCCCACCCUGUAUAUACGCUUGGUUCAGGACUACGGGCUUGAAAACGAGGUUGCCCAGCACCUGGCAGCCACCUAUGGAGGAAGAUCGUUUGAAGUGGCCAAGAUGGCUCAGGUGACGGGCAAGAGAUGGCCAAUUGUGGGGAAACGCCUUGUUUCUGAAUUUCCCUAUAUUGAGAGUGAGGUGCAGUAUGCUAUAAAGGAGUAUGCGUGUACAGCCAUCGAUGUGAUUUCUCGCAGAACAAGGCUGGGUUUUCUGAACGUGCAGGCUGCGGACGAGGCUCUGCCACGCAUUGUUGAGAUCAUGGGCAAAGAACUGCAGUGGACUGAGCAGAAGAAGAAAGAAGAGCUGGGAGCAGCGAAGAACUUCCUGUACCUGGAGAUGGGUUAUAAAGCUCGCUCUGAACAGCUCAGCAAGACCACCGAGAUCUCACUCACUCCUCAAGAGGUGGCCAGGUAUAAGAAACGCUUUUACAAAUUUGACAAGGAGAGCAAAGGCUUUAUCACAACAGUGGAUGUCCAGCAAGUGCUAGAGAGACUCAGCAUUCAGAUUGACGAAAAUGCUCUCCACGAGAUCCUCAAUGAAGUGGACCUCAACAAAAACGGACAAGUGGAACUGGAUGAGUUCCUGCAGCUCAUGAGCGCGGUUCAGAGAGGUCAGAUCUCCGACAGUCGUCUGGCCAUCUUGAUGAAGACGGCCGAGGAAGGCCUGGAUCUGAGAGGUCCCGUCUCUGUCGACCGCAGCGGAGGAGGCGUCUGAAUCCCGACGGCAAACCCAAACAUCUACCAGACAGAGGCUCCUACCGCAAACUUGGAUAAACACCAAAAAAUGCUGACCACUGUGCCCACGCCGGUCAGAUCACAAGCACAUCCUCUUCAGUCAUUAACCGACCGGCUGGCUGCCUUCGACUACAAUCAUUUUCUGAAAGAAAAGAAUUUGUUUUAGCAUGGUUAUUAAUGAAAAAGAUAUUAUUAGCGCAGAAUAUAUUUAAAAGAGUAUAUAUUUUUUAUUGAAUGCAUGCAGUGCCAUGUUGUGUGAUUUAUUUGCUGAAUAAAACCCCAAUAGAAACCAUCAUAGAAUAUGCUAUGAUUUUAUUAGGUAUUAUUUUGAAUUGUAAUAGCCUUUUGGGUCUCUACUGGUAAUUUUUUGCUCCUUAUUUAUCUUUUUUGCUCUCUAUUAAUCUGUUUUGAGACAUUAUAAACGCAUUAAAACACAUUAUAAGCACAUUAUAACACAUUAUAAACACAUCAAAACACAUUAUAAACCAUUAAAAUGUAGUGUUUUUGAUGGUUUAUAGCAGUGUCUUAGUAUUUGUACACUGUAAAGAAAUGCUGGGUUCUCAAUUCCUUUAUGUUGUCCAAAAUAAAUCGAUUAAGUUAACUUAAUCGUUUUUACAAAUUUAAGUGAGUUCAACAUAAAACUAUUAGGUUGUUCCAAAACAACUUAAGAAAUGUGUUGUUUUAACUCAAUUUGCAAAAAAGUCGUUUGAACGAGCAGCAAAAGUCAUUUAUUGGAAACAAUUAGAACUUCUGUGAUGGUUUCUGUUGUUUUGAUUUUCAACUGGGCUGGUAAGCAUGAAUGGAUUGUUUCUUUAUCCACUGAGCUUUCUGUUGUGCCAUUUUAUUCACGCAAAUGAUUUGCUACUGAACACAGUGAGUUGAGGUUCAAGGGCUGCUGGUGUCUUCUAAGGUAAAUAAUGCACUAUAUGUGAAUUUAUUCGCAGUUUUAUACUGUACACUGCUUAUUCGUCACUGUGCUACAGUGAUGAUUUGUUUUACUUAUUUCAAACCUUCCUCAUGUUUAUGUAUUUAUUCAAAAUCUAUCAUUUCUAUUAUAAUAUAUGUUUUCUUUAAUUAAUGAAUGUUGAUUAUUUAAGGGAUAUUAUACAUCUAGGUGGUAUAUCAACUGUUAGAUGUACAUUAUUCCACUUAUUACACGGCUACUUGUCACAAAAGUAAAUAUUUACACUCAAAACAUUGAUCUGGGCUGUAAUAGUUUACUAACUUUUUAAUUAAAUGUAAUGGUUGCAGAAAGAAAAGUGGCUGAAUACAGCCUACACUAACCUACGUGUAAUUUAGUCACAAAAUGGCACGAAAACAGUCAAGAACAGUGGCAUGAAAAAUAAGCAUAUAAAUAUGGAUAUGAAGAUACUAACUAAUGAUCAGAAUGAUUGGUUGUACAUGGAUGAGCCCAUAUGAAAAAUACUAUAGUAAAUACUAUAACAUUUUUAAACCAGACAUUGGAUUUGAAAUGAAAAUCGGCUUGAUGUUAGAACCCAACAUCAGGCCGACAUCAAGGUUCAAUGUCCAACAUAAAAUCAACCUAAAAUCAACCAAAUAUCAACGUCUAAUCAUAUCACACCUUGACGUUGUGUGGACGUUACCACUAUGACAUCUAUAAAGACAUUGGAUUUUGGUCGCUUUCCAGCACAACCUUAAAUCAACCAAAUAUCAACUUAAUUUGACGUCAUUAUUGGACAUAAAAAAAACAUUGUCCUUAGCUAGACAUUGAAUUUUGGUCAGCAGACAUCACGACCUAACUCUAACCUAAUAUUAACGUCUUAUGAUGCUGUGUGCCUGCUGGAAUACUAUAGUAUUUAAAGUCCACGUGAAAUCCGAAUAUACUAUGUUUAUUUUUAUUUAAAGUUAAUAAUUAAUCUGUGCAAGUUAAUCCACUGGAAAAAAAAAAAGUUUAUUUUGGUAAUCUUCCAUCAAAUUCUGACCAUCUGCUUGCGCGUUUGGAGUGGCAGUCCUUCUGUUGAUGCCAACCUGAGGGCUUCUAUAGGAACUGUAUAACAAUAAACUUUGCCACGCCCAUCUUACCGUUACUUUGCUAUGAGAGAAUUAUGCGCAAAAAGAAAGCCCCGCCCCCUAAUCAAUAUUCUGUUUCGGUUGGAACCAAAUCAACAUACUGAAAUAAAAGUCUCAGUAACUUCCAUUUCACGCAGACUUUAAGUACUUAAAUUAUGCUGUUGUGAUGAUACUAUAGUUGCUAUGGCAACACAGAAAAUAUAUAAAAAUCAGAGCCAUAGAGAGUUGAACAAUGGAAGUCCAAAAUUAUCAAUCAUCAUGUGACUCAGGUCGACUUGAAAGUGUUUCGGUUAGUUUAAAUACUGUUACACUGUAAAAAAUUCUUUCUGCCUUAAAUUUUUAGUUGAAUCAAAUUAACUUUCCUCGUCAUCUCAACUUAAAUCAGUCAAACUGACUAAAAAUGUUUUGUUAAACUUCGUAUAGCCACAAAAAAAUGUUGAAACCUGAUAAUUAAAUUAAGUUCAAGUAACAUAAAAAACAUUUUGUUGUGACUUUUUGUCAUUUAAUUUUUUACAAUGUAGAUAACGUUAAAACAUGCAAAAUCUUAUUUUUAAAAACUCCGUACUUUUCAAAAGUGCAAAACCAACCAUCUUUAGCUGUAACUCGGCUGUAAGUGAUAACUUCUGGGAACUUCCACUAUUGCUGUUGGGGAAAAAACAAAAAAACGAUCAAUUGGAGUCAAUGGAGUUGUCGAAACUUUCUCUCUAUGGCUCUGAGUAAUGUAAAUAAACUACACAAUACUAGUUUUGUACAACUAUGCACUAUAAAAAAUGCUGGGUUCCACAUAAUUCCUUCAUGUUGUCCCAACACAAAUCAAUUAAGUUUACUUAUUUGUUUUUACAAAUUUAAGUGGAUUGAAGAUAAAGCAAUUAAGUUGUCCCAAAAAAAACUCAAUUGUGGUGUUGAAUCAGCUCAUUUUUAAAUAAGUAGUAGUUUAAAUAAGCCAAAUCUGAAGCUUAUCUAACAAAAUAAUUUACGAUAACGGUAAAACUAGUACACCUAAAUUUAUAUGUUAUAGAAAAAUAUUAAAUACAAAUUUUAAGAAGAGGAAAAAUCAAGAGAAGCAAAAAAAAAAAAACAAAUUUAAUUUAGUUGAAAUUUUGGCAAUAUUUUGCUUGACUUUAAAUGUAUAAUCUUUCUGUUUUUAAAUAUGUUUGGUGACUAAAAUAUUAUUUUAAUAAGUAUAUCUGUUUAAUAAAUCUGUUUUGUUUAAAUGCACCAAAAUACAUUGCCAAUAUUCACUGAUCAAUAGAUAAAAAUAUUCAUUUUCAAAAUGGGAUGUACUCAAUUAUGCUGAGCACUGUAUAUACAGUAUAACACACUUAACUAUAAUUCCAAAACACAAUAGUAUUUACUACAGUAUUUUUUAUUAAUCUGAGAGCUUGUCUUAUUAGAUUCAGCAGUUGUUAUCUGGGAAUAACUUACCCAGGAAUGACGUGAUUGGCCAAUCAGAAACAGGUAUUACAGAGAGCCGUGUAAUAAACACAUUUAAUAAUACCGGUUAUUUAUCGGCAUUGAGGGGUUCAAUAAGGAGCCAUUACAUCUUAAGAAACUUUCCAUUCCACGAAAGGUUCUUUAUAGUGGAAUAUUUUAUGAUUGUUUAAAGAAAAACUUAAGAAUUGUGCACUGAAAUAUUCAUUGGAGAACAUACGUACAUGUAGGCUCCAUUUUGAAACCUUUACUUUUAAGAGUGUAUGUAGUUGUAUUUUGUCCAGAUCAGUUAUUUUAUAUUGUCUUAAUCAGGUUGUGUCCAGUCUUUUCAUUGGCUCUGAUUCAACAGAAGUGUUUUUACAGUUAUAAUUAGAUUUAAGAGCGUUUGUUAUUUUUUUUCUUAAUCCUUGCCUGGACAAGUAAUCGGUUAUCCAUUAAUCCUGAAAUAAUAUGGAACAUUAUAAAUGAUGCAAAUGAUAUAGAGGAGAACAGGGAAUCUACUUACGUGCCUUACUUUUUAAAGGGAUAACUAUAGUUUACUCCAAAUUUAGAGUCAUUUUUUAUCAUGAGACUCUUUGAUGUGAAAAAAAGAGAGAAGAUAUUCUGAGGAAUGUUAGUGUGAAAAUUGUAUAGGAUACCUAUUGACUUCCAUUGUGUUUUUUUCCUUAAAAUAAAAGUAAAUGAGAAUUGAUACCAUUUGGUUUCCAACAUUCUUCAAAAUGUCUUCUUUUACUGUUGAAAGUAGUCAAAUUUGGAUGAACUGUGCCUUUAAAAAGUCACUUUUGCAUGUCGAAACGCACAGUCCGAUAUACACUAAUAACUCAGUCUUUAACUUUAUUUUUUAUUGAUUUAUUUCAGAAGACAGAACCGGCUUUUUAAUGAGCUUGGAUGCUUUAAGCUUGAUGAUAUAAAUGAAUAUUAUUUUGUACAUUAAGGCUGCUGUGAUUUUAUAUUCCGUUUUGAUUCAUUAACAUAAUGUUUUUUAAAGCAAAAAGACCACAAAGAUUGUCAUGGAUCUUCCAGGAUCACUGUAUUGUUUGUGAGUAAGAGAGGAACCGCUGACUUUUAACACAUGAGAGCAGAUGCAGUUUAUCUAAUUUAUUGUUUGUCCCGACAGGAUGUAAUUUCAGCCUGAUCCUGAUUGAAAGAGAUUCAUAUUUUGUGAAAACAGAAUGUAGAGGAAAUCAAUCUGCAAUGCCUGAGAAACACAAUUCUGUAAUUAAAUGUAUCUGGUUGCCUU